AUGAAGCGGGACCGGCUGGGACGCUUCCUGUCCGUUGGGACGGGCCGGCAGCGCGGAGCGUCGGGCGGCGGCAGCGGCCGGGCUCGGGUCCGCCCCUCCCGCAGCGGCGGGCCGAGGGUGGACGGGGCGGCGGCGCGGCGCGCCUGGGGCCCGGCGGGGGCCUGCGGGGACGCGGGCGAGGACGGCACGGGCGAGGCAGCAGCCCGGGCUGUCACUAUGGGGCACUGUCGCCUCUGCCACGGGAAGUUUUCCUCGAGAAGCCUGCGCAGCAUCUCCGAAAGGGCGCCUGGAGCCAGCACGGAGAGGCCAUCUCCAGGGGAGCGCGUCCUCGUCAGGGACUUCCAGCGCCUGCUGGGCGUGGCUGUCCGCCAGGACCCCAGCUUAUCUCAGUUUGUCUGCAAGAGCUGCCACGCCCAGUUCUACCAAUGCCACAGCCUCCUCAAGUCCUUCCUGCAGAGGAUCAAUGUCUCCCCGACGGGCCACCGGAAGCCUUGUGCAAAGGUCGCUGCCCAGCCCCCAACAGGGGCAGAGGAGGGAGCGUGUCUGGUGGAUCUGAUCACAUCGAGCCCCCAGUGCCUGCAUGGCUUGGUGGGGUGGGUUCACGGACAUGCGGCCAGCUGCAGGGCCCUGCCCCACCUUCAGAGGACGCUGUCCUCCGACUACUGUGGCGUCAUCCAGGCUGUGUGGGGCUGCGACCAGGGCCACGACUACACCAUGGACUCCAGCUCUAGCUGCAAGGCCUUCUUACUGGACAGUACACUGGCGGUCAAGUGGCCAUGGGACAAGGAGACGGUGCCAUGGCUGCCCCAGCACCGAGGCUGCAACCCUGGGGCCGCCCCUCAGACCUCCCAGGGCAGAGGGACAGGGACCCCAGUGGGGUCUGAGACCAGGACCCUGCCCAGCACAGACAUGGCCCAGCCUCCUUCAGACAGCAACCCAGCAGGGCCCAGGCGGGGCUUCCCACCUCAGCCAAGCCUGCCCCUCUGCGGGGCCCCAGGGCAGUUGGGUGAGAAGCAGGUUCCAUCUUCAACCUCGGAUGAUCGGGUAAAAGACGAGUUCAGUGACCUUUCUGAGGGAGACUUCCUGAGUGAAGACGAAAAUGACAAGAAGCAAAAUGCUCAGUCUUCAGAUGAGUCCUUUGAGCCUUACCCAGAAAGGAACAUUUCACAGUCCAAACAAAGAUCCAGAGGGCAGGCGCCUCUGAGUACCACGGUCAGCCAAGAGAACCCUGCGUCGAAGACCGAGAGGUCACCGGCCUGUUUACCUGAGGUCCUGAUGCUGUUGAAUUAUGAAGAGAGAAACAGGAGUGUAGGAGCCUGGAGAGAGAUCAGAAGCAGAGGGCGGGAUGGAGCCAGGGGAGCUCCAGCGGCCUCAGCAUGGACAGAAAGCUGGUCAGGCCUAGAGAAGGUGCCCCACCCUCAGGCCCCUUGGAACCCCAGGAUUGCGGCAAAGCUGUGCUUUGGGACAGAGACACAAGAGACAUGUUUGAAGAGGCUGCUAGUAAAAGGGGUCUCUGGUAAGAAGACUGAAAGCAAAGAAGCCAAGAAGUCUGAAGAACCAAGAAUUCGGAAGAAGCCCGGACCCAAGCCGGGGUGGAAGAAGAAGCUCCGUUGUGAGAGGGAGGAGCUUCCCACCAUCUACAAGUGUCCUUACCAGGGCUGCACGGCCGUGUACCGAGGUGCUGACGGCAUGAAGAAGCACAUUAAGGAGCACCACGAGGAGGUCCGGGAGCGGCCCUGCCCCCACCCUGGCUGCAACAAGGUUUUCAUGAUCGACCGCUACCUGCAGCGCCACGUGAAGCUCAUCCAUACAGAGGUGCGGAACUAUAUCUGUGACGAAUGUGGACAGACCUUCAAGCAGCGGAAGCACCUCCUCGUCCACCAGAUGCGACAUUCGGGAGCCAAGCCUUUGCAGUGUGAGGUCUGUGGGUUCCAGUGCAGGCAGCGGGCGUCCCUCAAGUACCACAUGACAAAACACAAGGCUGAGACUGAGCUGGACUUUGCCUGUGACCAGUGUGGCCGGCGGUUUGAGAAGGCCCACAACCUCAACGUGCAUAUGUCCAUGGUGCACCCGCUGACACAGACCCAGGACAAGGCCCUGCCCCUGGAGGCAGAGCCACCCCCCGGGCCACCUAGCCCCUCUGGAACCACAGAGGGCCAGGCGGUGAAGCCCGAGCCCACCUGAGGACAGCAGUGAGGAUGGGACCUGUAGCAGCCUGGACUCUGCAGGGGCCGUGGCAGCCUCACUGACUUCCUGCGAAGCCAUGCAGGAGGGUCAGAGGAUGUGGCCCACCUUUGGUGGUGGAGGUGGGCUUGGUGUACAGCUCAAGUAGCCUUUCUCCGCUCUGGGACCAGUGGUUUAUUUUCCUACAAACAUUGAAGUGACUUGGGGCCAGACAGUUUAUAAAUAAUGGAUUCCUUUUCCCCACCUAAAGCAAUCAAGGAGAUUCGUAAUCCACUUUUUAGUGCAACAAGAGCUCUAUGUUACACUUGUAAUAAAUUAUUUACAAAGGA